AGGAAGCGUACCGGUAGGUCUCGAGAAAGUUAAAGCCUAUUAUAGUUUUGUGAGAUUUGGAUAAUAAAAGAAUUCUUCACUUCCCUAAUAACAGAAAAAGCAACUAGGAACGGAAUGAAAACUUAAUUAACUUAUGUCCUCAUGCAUCAAUCAAGAUUUUUACUGGCGAAUAACGUCUAUUUUAACUUUAAUCGAAAAAUUUGUGCAGUUCUUUAAUUUCGUUUUGGUGCUAUGUUUUAUAAAGCAAUCAUACUUUUUUACAUUAGUUUGCUACAUUUAACGUUAUCUCUUAACAAAGACAACUCAUGCUCCAAAAAAUCUCAAUCUUGCCAAACUUUGAAGAAUUCAAUUUGCCUUGGAGAGAAAUUACCAUACGAUAGCAUCAGUCUUGAAUUAACUGGUUUUAAAAGUUUGAAUGAAUCGUUAAAAGAGCUAAACAAAUGGACAUUUCUAUCAAACAUACCGCAAUGCUGGAAAAGUUUACGUCAAUAUCUCUGUUCAGUCUAUUUACCAAAGUGUAACAAUAGUAUAUUGUCAUUUCCAAGUCGUCAACCAUGCGAAAUCAGUCAGCGACCCUGUCGAAUUGUUACAGAUUAUGGUGGAUGGCCAGAUUAUCUGCGCUGUGAUAAUCCUCAUUUCAAAACUAAUUGUCCCACAUUAUACGUAAGAUUUUAGACAUUAAUUAUGGUUGAAUUUAUUUUUUUAAUAUUUACUAUAAAAGGAACUUCGAAGAUUUCGAAACAAAAGUAGCUGCCCUCCUCCACUUGUAUCAACAAACGAAGGAAUAGAUACUUUCGAUAAGAUAGACGGAUGUGGAAUAUCGUGCAAUAGUACACUUAUUUCUCCUCAGGAAACAAAUAGUUUUCAAAUAAUGAUUGCUACUGCUGCAAUUAUCUCACUAUUAGUUAAUAUAUUCAGUCUGGCAACUUUUGCAGUUGAUUGGAAACAUGCUAGUCGCUAUCCAGCAAUGAUCAUUUUUUGGAUAUGUAUAUGUUUUUGUAUAAAUAACCUUGCUUGGUUAGCUCAGUUUGCACCAAAUGCUCGAAAAGAUAUCAUAUGCAAAAGGGAUGGUAGCUUAAGGAAAGCUGAGCCUCGUGUAAGAUCUGAGGAAACAGUCUCAUGUACUGUUGUAUUUAUUUUUAUAUAUUUUCCAAUAAUAGCAAUUCUUGUUUGGUUUGUUAUAUUUGCAUAUUCAUGGAAUUUAAUACAUAAAAGAGUCGGAUACGGAAGAGAAAAGGUUACAAGACAUAAAACUCAUAUGCAUAUUGCAGUUUGGAGUAUAGCCUUAAUUUUUACUGUAUUCUGUCUACUCUUCUCAGUUGUUGAUAGUCGUCCGUUAGAGGGAAUCUGCUUCCUCACAACUUCAAUGCUAUACAGAUUUCUAUUCCUUUUAUUUCCUGUUAUUAUUGCUACAUUUCUUGGAAAUUAUUUUCUGAUAAAGGGAGUGAUGCUCUUAAUUAGUUUAAGGAAAAGUUCUGCCGCAGUUUUAGGUGAUGUAGCAUCUGGCAGAAUUCAGGACACCAUAAUUAGGAUAACUCUUUUCAUGUUUCUUUCACUAAUAAUAUUGGGAAUUUCUAUUGGUAUUCACAUAUAUGAAUGGAUGAACGAAAGAUUCUGGCACAAGAAUUUAAGGGACUAUAUACUAUGCGUCAAUAAGGUUGAUUGUAAAAUUCCCGAAGGGCCAAAUAUGGGUUUAAAGAAAGUUCAUGUUCUGUUGAAUUUCGGCGCAAGUAUUCUCUUAGCUUCUUGGACAUGGACCAAAGCUAGCUUAAGAAUGUGGAAUAGGAAAAUAAAGAAAGAGGAGAAAGUACCAAAGAAAGUAAAAAAACACAGAAUGAUUGCGCAAGCCUUUCAUAAACGCUUUAUGGCUCAGAAUGGUAGACUAAGUGUUUCUUAUUACUCAAAACAUGAUGAUCCUUUAGGACUUCAUAUGGAAGAUUCGGCUACAUCAAACGAAGUUUCAUCUAAUUGGAUAGCAUCAAUGCCUCGCUUAUUAAUGAGAAGAAACGCGUUAGCAGUAACAGUCUGUAGAUACGGCAAUAGGCAUCAUUCUGAUUCAGAAAUCUCAUGCUCCGGUCAAUCUGCUGUAUCAGAAUUGUCGAAGAAGAAACUUAGCAAAAAAACAGACGAUCAGAUAAACUGUCCCUGCGGACGCCUUCACUCAGCUGCUCUGCAAUACGAUAGUAGUUCAAGCGUUUAUCAGCAGCAUCAGCUAUAUGCAGCAGCAGAAGGUUAUAGACAAGCAGAUCUUGCCCUUGCAGCAAAUGAUCCAGAAUAUUCUGAAGACGAAGACUAUACAGUUUUACCUGCAAUAACUAAACCUACAGUUUUAUUUAGAAAACCCAAAAAAAGAACAAUCGAAAAUUUACACUACAGAAGUUAUAGCUCAAAUAGUAUUCAAACGCAAUAUCAAAACGCUGCUUUAGCCGCCGCUUGUAUGUACCGACCGCCUAACGUAGGGUUCAGACCACAUUUUGGAACUUUUAAAAACGUUAAACCGGCUUCGAAAAAGGAAGAAACUCAAUACAAAGGCCCACCUUUAAACGAAAGUUUUUUUGAAGAUGCUGUUACGCUAAACAGUUAUAAUUAUCUCAUGCGAAAUUGUAAUAAAGAACAAAGUUCUAGCGAAGAGGAUAUACAUUCUUCGGAAUGGUCACCUAGCGAAAAGAGUGAGGAAUUCGUUGAAACUUAUCCAUUAAAAUCAACCAAUUCAGAACCAAUACUUAGCGACCUAAAUAUUAAUGGCGUCAAUGAUCAUAGGGUUUGA